AUGAAACUACCCAAAGAGAAACCCAGUGACAGAGGUCGCAAACAACAAGAAUCUACGACGAGUACACCUUGCGACGAGAAAGAACCGAAGAAACUCAGCAAAAUGCCGACACCUGCCUCGCCUAAGCCCCGUGUUAGAGGCAGCCCACGGAAGGUGACGACGGAAGCGACAUUUGUGCGGAAGCAAGGGAAGGUGACGGCAGGAGAAGUUCUCAAAGCAGCAGUGAAAACCCGAGACGGAGGAGUAUUUCAACUAGAAGGACUGCGACCACGUGACGAGGGAACUACGGAAAACACGGUCCAACCAACGCUAGGUAGCUACGAGCAAAGCGGGGACGUGGACAUGAACGCGGGCCUCAACACAGACGACAACGGCGCUGAUCAAGAGGAUGAAAUGAUGCAGGAGGAGCAACGUGACACCGGAAACGGAGACAGGGCCAUCGAAGGAGAAGCAGUGCUCGAUCAUCACCACUCGGAAGCAGAGUGGGUGGCAUUCGAAGAAAGUUUCAAGUCUACGCAGCUGAUUCUAGCGUUCUCCAUCGACGAGACGGUGACCUUCGUGGAAACGCUUGGGCCUGUGGGAAUCAUGAAGCUGGCUCCUGGCAUUGUCCAAGUGUGCGGAUCGCACGGGAUCCAGUUCAGUGAUAAGCUUAUCCCGACCAGCUAG